UCUCAUCGAUUAUAAAUUAAUAACCUCUACUCUUUCACCUUCUCUCUGACAUCAAAUCAACAAGUUUUUCUACCAAUUUUGGUCUCAACGCAACCCUUUGUUCUGUUGUAAAUACAGAAAGAGCGAAUGGCUGUGGGGGGUUUCGCUACCGAUGGACCAGUCGGUAAUUAUAACGGCAAACUAACGACGUCCGUGGUGAUCACCUGCAUCGUCGCCGCCACCAGUGGCCUCAUAUUCGGUUACGACAUCGGAAUAUCAGGAGGUGUAACAACAAUGCAAGCUUUUCUGGAGAAGUUUUUUCCAUCAGUGCUAAGGAAAGCAACAGAGGCUAAAACCAAUUUGUAUUGUAUGUAUGAUAGCCAUAUUUUAACAGCAUUCACAUCCUCACUUUACAUAGCAGGACUAGCAGCAUCCCUGGCUGCUAGUCGCCUUACAGCUGCAUUUGGCCGUAAGAACAUUAUGGUAAUUGGAGGCUGCACCUUCCUCGCCGGCUCAGCAGUAAAUGGUGGUGCCGCCAAUGUAGCCAUGCUCUUAUUAGGCCGGAUUCUUCUUGGUUUCGGAGUUGGUUUUACCAACCAGGCAACUCCUGUUUAUCUCUCGGAGGUCGCUCCAUCGAAAUGGCGUGGCGCAUUCAAUACAGGAUUUCAGUUCUUUAUAGGCAUUGGAGUUGUUUCAGCGAAUUGCAUAAACUAUGGAACUGCGAAGCAUAGCUGGGGAUGGAGACUCUCUCUUGGCCUUGCUAUAGUACCUGCUUUAAUUAUGACUCUAGGUGCAGUCUUUAUAUCUGAUACGCCUAGCAGUCUAGUUGAGCGAGGCAAGAUCGCGCAAGCUAAGAAAUCUCUCAUCAAAGUACGAGGAGAUACAACGAAUGUGGAAGCAGAGCUGAACGAUCUUAUUAAGGCAAGCGAAGUAGCCAAAGCUGCAAAUCAAGAACCUUGUGUGACAAUAUUUGAGAGGCAAUAUAGGCCUCACCUAGUAAUGUCAAUUGCCAUACCAUUUUUUCAACAAGUUACCGGGAUUAACAUUAUUGCCUUCUAUGCUCCAGUACUUUUUCAAUCAGUUGGUUUCGGAAAUAAUGCAGCUCUAUUAGCUGCAAUUAUAUUAGGACUGGUUAAUCUUGGCUCCAUCCUUGUUUCUACGGGCGUGGUUGAUCGCUAUGGCCGUAGACUUUUGUUCAUAGUUGGUGGUACUGUGAUGUGUGUUUGCCAGGUUGCGUUGGCUUGUGUUCUUGCUGCUACGACGGGGGUUUCAGGGGACAAGCAAAUCUCCAAGGGUUAUACCAUAUUAGUGCUUGUACUAAUGUGCAUCUAUGCAGCUGGUUUUGGGUGGUCUUGGGGUCCAUUAAGUUGGCUAAUUCCUAGUGAAAUAUUUCCUAUGAAGAUUAGGCCAACCGGACAAAGCAUAAGUGUGGCAGUAAAUUUUGGGACAACCUUUGUGCUAUCACAAACAUUUCUGACAAUGCUAUGUCACUUCAAAUUUGGGACAUUCCUGUUCUAUGGUGGUUGGAUUGCAGUAAUGACUGUCUUUGUUGUACUCUUCUUGCCAGAGACAAAAGGGAUCCCAUUGGAGUCUAUGAAUGCUGUCUGGGAGCAGCAUUGGUACUGGAAUCGGUUUGUUCGAAAGGCAGCGAUUGACGAAAUGUAGCUGAUCAUAUGUUUCUGUAUUGUGUAGAUACAUCCUGCUCAACAAUAGGGCAUGAUUAUUAAAGAAAUCUGUACUCUGUACUAUUGUUUUGUAAAUUGACCAGAGACGAUAGGGAUUCCAUUGGAGUCAUUGUCUCUAUGUAUGCUGUGUAGUUCUGUACUCUAUAGUUUGUAUGUGUCCAAGAACACUAGACUGAUUAAUUAUGUCACAACUCUUGCGGCUGUUUUAUGCAUAUGCUUAUGAACCUCCUAUUUUAAUUUGA